UAUACGUGCAGUUUUGACUUCAGAUCAGCCAAACAGCAACUAACCACUUCCUUUUCUCAGCACCUCCUCCGCAACAACAUUUAAGGCAGGCAGUAAUGUUCCAGCUAGUCUUUCACUGUCUGAUGGUCAUAAUGUUCAGCCUGAAGCAAGCUGCUCUGCUCUUCAGUCAGCUGUUACAGACAACCUACGUAUUUGCAGCGACCGCUACAGCAGGCCACUACGAUGUGUUGGUGUCCAGAGGAGACUCAGUCCUGCUCACUUGCAAUAUAUCUAACAAAAAUGCAACACUGAUCAACUGGACCAAAGACAGAUGGGUUUUUAUGUACUCCUUCUCCAGUAAUCAAACUUUUUCAAAUUUCUCCUCUCACAGACUGAGAAUAGACACAAACAUUCCUUCUACACUCGGUAUUGAUAAUGCUCAGCAUGAUGAUGCAGGACUUUAUACUUGUCAUAUAACUCAGAAAAAAGGCCUUCACAACAUGUCAUGGAACGUAACAGUUCCUGAAAAUCAAAACGGAGCCAGUUCACCACAGUACAUUAUAUUCACACUACCAUCUGCCUUUGGAUUGUUUUUAUGUUGUUCAGCAUUAACUGUCUGCCUCUGCAGAAAAUAUGGCACCAGAAAAGAAAGACGGAAACCAGUCCAACACCAGACUCAGCUUCAAUUGGGAGGACAGGAAGUCCACGAUCAGCUGGAAGGUACAGGUCAGUGGAGGAGCAAAAAGCACAGAAGAGACUACAUGGAAAGACUGAAUUCUGUMUAUGGUCAAGUCUGAGCUCAGACCUCUUUAAUUUACUUGAAGAAAAAKACCCGGUUUGAAGGACAUUGCUAUUAUUAUUUAACCAAGGAGAUGUUUAACAUGUCAAUAAAAAAGUCACAAAUCAACAACA